CCCUAAGAAUCUCCCCAAGACUCCUACAGACGUGCACAAUAUCUUGAGCUCUAUUCCGUCUCAUCCAUUCCAGACCUCAACACCACAACCACUUGUACAGCAAACACUCACCCAACAUGUCUGACCAACCCAUCCUAACGACCUACCACGGCAAAACCGCCAUAAUAACUCUCAAUGUACCCAAGAAACUAAACGCUCUGGGUGCCGAUGAAUACUACCAGCUCGCACGCGCCAUGAACGAAGUCGCAGCCAGAGAUGACAUCUACAUCACCAUCCUAACAGGCAAGGGACGUUUCUUCAGCGCCGGCGCAGACGUAACCUUUGGCUCCAAAACCGACGACAGUGCCAUCGACGAAAGACACCAGUACCUAAAGUCCUUUGUGUCCAACAACCUACACAUAACACAUGCAUUCUACACGCAUCCCAAGAUCCUCAUCACAGCCCUAAACGGCCCAGCUGUCGGUCUCAGCGCUGCGUUGAUCGCGUUCUCGGAUUUCAUCUACGCUGCACCACACACCUUCCUCCUCACGCCCUUCUCCUCCCUCGGUCUCGUAGCAGAAGGAAAUGCAAGCAUAGGCUUCGUCCGACGCCUCGGCAUUUCAAAAGCGAACGAGGCGCUCAUCAUGUCAAAACGUAUUACAUGCGAUGAGCUAGUAGCUACGGGAUUCGUGAACAAAGUCAUUGAAGCUGGAGUUGAUGUCAAGAGCGAACAAUACAGUGAGAAGUUUCUGGGCGAGGUCAGGAAGGAGGUUGAGGAGAGACUGGGCGAUCAUCUCAACAGCGAGAGUUUGGUGUUGAUCAAGGAGUUGAUUCAGAAACCAAUGAGGGAGGCGUUGGAUCGCCAGGGUGUGGAAGAGGUUAUGGGUGGGUUGCAGAGGUUUUUGAAGGGCGUGCCACAGAAGGAGUUUGCGAGACUCGCGAGUGGAGAGAAGAAGCAUAAGCUGUAGGGGUUUGUUCACGCGGGUUCGCUGAGAGAUGGAAUAUAUGCAGGCUCAUCUGCCUCAUGUUCAUUUGCACCCAAAUGUCUUGUUAUUUGCUGGUGCUCAACCCAAUGACACGCCCUCGGUAGCCAAAAGCUCACCACCAAGGGCAUCCUGCUGAGUUGGGCUCGCAAUAUCUACAACCGGUCUACUCGCUGUGG